AUGGAAGAAGAGGUCCCCCAAUUAACCCCCGUCGGGGAAAAGACCCUACCCGCAAAAUGCAAGGCGCAAACAGUGGCGUACUGUCCCACCAUGGACCUGAUUGCACUAGCGACCGAGGACGAAGAGCUGCGCGUGUUCCGAUUGAAUGGGCAGCGUGUACUAGGUGGCUCCUUUGGGGGUGAUCCCUACCUAGGCGAGGAUGAGGAGGACGGCGAGAUCAGAGGGAUGGCGUGGAAGGGGAAUGGUCGGUUGCUCGCUGUCGCGUGUGGGGACCGCACGCUCCGCAUCAUCAGUUCUUACAGUGGGAAGACGGUUAACCAUUACCCUGUUUAUCAAAAGGGAGAGCCGUCGAGCCCGGCUCAAGCGCCAGAUUCCACUCCUAAGCCAACAUCUGUGCGGUGGAGUAUUAAUUUCACCGACAGUAAGGCUGCGCAGCGCCAUUUGCUCGAUUCGGCUGGCCAGGUCUCUAUUGAGGAUUUGUUGACGCCCGGAGUUUAUCCGUCGAAGGCUGCCGCUGUCCUGAAGGUGGAUUUGCCUAGGGAGCUUGCCUUGUUGGAUAUUGAGAGCUCUUUGCCGAAGCUGAGCACCCUGCCUGCAACGGGCGGCGAAGACGACGUCUUUAGCUCCCGCGCAUCCAUCGAUGCCAUAUUCCAUUCGACGAAGGAUACCAGCGACUCGGUCGAUGUGGUCUCCGUCGGAUUUGACGAUGGAACUAUCCAUCUGCGCAUCUUUGACUGCUUCGAAAUCGGCUCUUUCUCCGUGGGCAGCUCUCCUGGUGUUGCUGAUUCGUGUCGGAUUCUGCGACAUGCAUCUCAUCCCAUGAGCUCAACUCAUGCUAUGCUGGCAUCGCCUGCUAAGGGAGAGGAUCGCGGCCCCCUUGAGCUAGUGACGAUGGAUCUACGAUUCAUCACUAAAUCUGGGCGGUAUCUGUCUCUUCUUGCUUCGAAGACGACUCAGUUACAGAACCUGCUCCGCUACAUUGGACAGGUCCAGCGGCAAAUUGAGCUUGAGUGGAAGAAUGCUCAGGAGCUUCCGGCUCGCUUUUUGCGCAGUGUCAAUGAAGACUUGAAGGAGAAAUGCCAGUGUGAUUUUAUCACGGCGUGCUAUCAUCUCGUGGUGACUGGUCACUGCUAUGAGCCGAUGAAGGAGUUCCUUGUGGAUAUUGUUGGCGAGAGAGGCCACAAGAGAUGGGAAAAGGCCGUUGCAGGCGGUUACGAAAACAUCCGUCGACUAACACACGAAUGCCUACUUCCCGCCCUGGAGCGCGGCCAAGUUCUGCUCGGUCGAUUGGUCGGGCUUUCAAAGUUCCAUAAACUAAGCGAUAUUCUUGGACUUGACAAGACCAAGCUGAAUGCCAUUGUGGAGACACUAGACUGUCUUCAUGUUCUGGCACAUCGCAUUCUCAACCACGCGAACGAGGAGUUGGAUCAAUUCAAUGCCUUUGCUAGAUGGCUUCGUCACGAGAUCCACAUCCUGAAUAGCGAACCCUUAUCACAGACCCUGGAGGAGUUGCAGGAAAAGAGGGAUCUCUUCGACGUUCCUCCUACCGUGAAGUACAUCACAGGAGCCUUGACCAAGAGUGCACUCCGCAAUUUUAUUCGACAACUUCCCAUGAUUGGAGUGGUUCCUCCUCCUGCUCCUCCCGCCGGUCAAUGGCUCCCCGAUGGCCACGACCGAUCAUUCUAUGACACCUUCAAAUCACUUCUUCGGCAGCAACAAGUUGCCCGAGAGAAGGGUGGGGACGGUACUUCGAUCCAGUCGCCCAAGCUCAAUGAUUUGACCAAACGCAUGGAGAUGCAAUUCGAAAAGGUCUUCGAGGAAAUUGCUCUAACUCAGCGCAGGGGCAUUCUCCAUCAUUCGCCUCUAAUGCUCCACGCUGAUUGCGAUCAGCAAGUGUUCGAUCUCACUGUCUGCUACGAGGAUCUGGUAGAAGGUCAGCCAUGUACCAUCUACAUUGCCACCAGAUCAGCUACAUCUAAACACCAAGUGUACCUCUAUCGCGUUGUUGUGGACUCAGUCGGCGGAGUCAGCUCAACACGAAGCACAUCUCUCGCAACCCUCGACCUUGGAAAUGGCGAGAUCCGCCAACUCCAGUUUGUGAACGAUGACACGAUCAUGAUCCUCUGGCGAAACAGCAAUGGCAUCUCCCACCUCCUCAACAUGCCUUUCCAACCUAUUUCUGCGCGCCAACAUGAUGCGGACGAGCCCUCAACUCCAAAUCUCAUAUACACUGAGAGCACUAGUAUCUCUUCUCCAAAGCCAGCGGUUCCAACCACAUACCUAGAUUUUUCGGCUGGCUAUCCCUGGGAAGGUGUCCUCAAGCACAUGUUCGCUGCUCAUGGGCCCAAAGCAAAGCCUAUCCACGUGGAUGUCAACGGGCGGAAGGGGAGGCGUGCUGUCUGUGUCUUAUAUGGGGAUUCAAUGCGCUAUGAGGUCCUGGAUCUGGAUGCUGCUAUUGAAGAGCAGGAGGAAAUCGAGGUCUCCUACGCUGAUGCGGUGGAGGAACUGAUGGAUAGUGAGUGA